AUGAAGGCGGAGAAAAGAACCGAAAGAACGACUACUGAGCCCAUCGGGCGCUCAGCUUCCCUCGGGCCCUCCUCGGCUCAGGCCCGGGGCAUCUCCGGGGCGCUGCAUGUGCAGCGGGUGGGGAGCCAGGCGCGGCAGGGACGUUCGGCUGGACCUCUGCCUUCGGAAUGCCCCACUUCCGGCUUCCCCAACUUCCGGCUUCCCCACGGGUUCCUCCCGUUUUCAUAG